UGGAAGUAAAUAAAAUCUUCUUUAACGGUUCUAUCCAUUUGCUUUGCCGCAAAAAUACAAUGGCAAGUAUGGUAUCUACUAUGUACACGCCAACCUCUUCCGCUGUGUUGUUCUCUUCAAAUUCAUCAAAAUGUUCAAAUCGUCUUCUUACGCUUCAAUCACCUCUUUAUUUAGUUACAACUAGAAAUAGAAAAACCUUUCGACAUAUGCAGCAACAGGUAGCAAAAAAAUCUGAAACAGAGCCAGAAUCACUUGAAGACCCGAAACUUUCUGUGAAUAAGAUCAUUGUUGACCAAGAAAAUGAAGAUGUAAAAAGCACAAAGGUACCAUUUGGGUAUAGUCGAAAAGAUGUUAUAUUUAUUGGACUUGGGGUUACCUUUAUUGGCAUUGGUCUAAAAAGUGGAUUAGAGUACCUUGGAGUUGAUCCUCUGCAGGCUGGAAAUGUUGUCCAGUUGGUGUUGGUAUUGGGCCUUACAAUAGGGUGGAUUUCGACAUACAUUUUUCGUGUUUCAAACAAGGAAAUGACGUAUGCACAACAAUUACGCGACUAUGAAAUGAAAGUUAUGGAGAAACGGUUAGAGGGUCUGAGUGAAGCCGAACUAGAAGCAUUACUUGAACAAGUCGAGGAAGAAAAACGCUUGGCAAGCAGUGGUAAUACUGAUAGCUAAACCUUCUUUAGUUUAUCAUUUGAUUUGAUUGACACAGUGUUUGUAAAUGAUGAUUACACAACGCAGCAGUGUAAGGAUGAAGACAGAAGGCUGUAAAAUUUUCAACAGUUAUCCAAUGUAUAUGUUAUAUAUCA